CGAAAAGGAAAGCGACGCCGCGGUUUGCUGCAGUCGGAAUAAAGUUCGCGCCCUUUCCUCGGCGCUUCACAGCCUCCCCUCCGGUCUCCCCCACUCGUUUUUGACAGCUAGGCGCUACCGGCCACUUCCACCUCCAAGCCCGCACCCCCCGGGGGGGCGCCAAAGUUGUUUUUCCAUCCCCAGAGAGAGCAGGGGGAGAGAAAACAAGUAACAGGGCGCGGGAGAAACAUACAUCCUCCUUCACUAGCCCCCUAGAAUCUGAGGACAAACAACCAAACCAACCUACUUUUAUUUUGCAAAAGGGAAGCAACAUCGUAGCCGCGACAGUUUUGCAGAGAGAGAGGAGAAACUUGUGCGGCUUGCAAAUCCGCCCGAGGUCACCUCGCCCGCCGGUUCCCCCCGUACCCCGCCCCACAGCAGCCCCCUCCCGGGACAGUCCGUUCCUUUUUUUUUUUUUUGUGCCGAGGAACCGGGGGAACUCAGCAGGCUCGGACUUGGGGAGCGAAGGCGACCCUGCACGCGGGUGUAAAUCAGUCAGUCACCUGAGCGCAGAGGGGCCGCGACGAGGGCGCUCGCGGGCGGGCGGGGAGAGGCGGAGGCGGCGAGAGCGGCUGCCCGGAGGAAAUCGGGAGGGGGAGGGAAAGAAAGGCCGAGACAGAAGGAGCGUGAGGCGGCGGAGGGGCUGGUCCAGGCGCGGCCGCUAAGAGGAGACCAAGAGGCGGGGGCUGCACUUGACAACCAGCAUGCCGAGAUGUCAGAAGAGGCAGAAGUGGAUGUGAGAGAAAGAGAGACACAGAGAGACAGAGAGCCAAAGAGGGCAAGAGACUUGACUUUAAGAGACUGCUGUACUGACAACUCCAUGCAGUUCGGAACCAGAACGACUCCGGCUGAACCAGGGUUCAUGGGGACAUGGCAAAACGCUGAUACUAACCUCUUAUUCAGAAUGUCCCAACAGGCCAUCCGCUGCACACUGGUGAACUGCACGUGUGAAUGUUUCCAGCCGGGGAAGAUUAACCUGAGGACUUGCGAUCAGUGUAAACAUGGCUGGGUGGCACAUGCCUUGGAUAAGCUCAGCACGCAGCACCUCUACCACCCCACCCAAGUGGAGAUCGUGCAGUCCAACGUGGUGUUUGACAUCAGCAGUCUGAUGCUCUACGGGACGCAGGCGGUGCCUGUGAGGCUCAAGAUCCUGCUGGACCGUCUCUUCAGCGUCCUGAAGCAGGAGGAGGUGCUGCACAUCCUGCACGGCCUGGGCUGGACCCUGCGUGACUACGUCCGGGGGUACAUCCUGCAGGAUGCUGCCGGCAAGGUGCUGGACCGCUGGGCCAUCAUGUCUCGAGAAGAGGAAAUCAUCACCCUUCAGCAGUUUCUGCGGUUCGGAGAAACCAAAUCCAUUGUGGAGCUGAUGGCCAUUCAGGAGAAAGAGGGGCAGGCCGUAGCUGUACCGUCUUCAAAGACAGACUCAGACAUCAGAACUUUCAUUGAGAGUAAUAAUCGCACCAGGAGUCCCAGCCUCCUUGCCCAUCUAGAGAACAGCAACCCUUCCAGCAUUCAUCACUUUGAAAACAUCCCCAACAGCCUCGCCUUCCUGCUGCCAUUCCAGUACAUAAACCCGGUCUCAGCCCCGCUGCUAGGAUUGCCUCCGAAUGGGUUGCUGUUAGAGCAACCAGGACUGAGGCUGCGGGAACCCAGCCUUUCGACCCAGAAUGAAUAUAACGAGAGCAGUGAAUCUGAAGUGUCUCCCACACCCUACAAGAACGACCAGACGCCCAAUAGAAACGCCCUGACCAGCAUUACUAAUGUGGAGCCCAAAACUGAGCCAGCCUGCGUGUCCCCCAUUCAGAAUUCCGCCCCGGUCAGUGAUCUGUCCAAAACCGAACACCCAAAAAGCUCAUUCCGGAUCCACCGGAUGAGAAGGAUGGGGUCAGCGUCUAGGAAAGGAAGAGUGUUCUGUAACGCGUGUGGGAAGACGUUCUAUGACAAAGGUACUCUCAAAAUCCAUUAUAACGCUGUUCACCUGAAGAUCAAACAUCGGUGCACCAUCGAAGGUUGCAACAUGGUCUUUAGCUCCCUCCGAAGCCGUAACCGUCAUAGUGCGAACCCUAACCCUCGCCUUCACAUGCCUAUGCUAAGGAAUAACCGAGACAAAGAUUUAAUUCGGGCCACAUCAGGGGCUGCCACCCCCGUCAUAGCAAGUACAAAAUCAAAUCUCACACUCACAAGCCCUGGCCGGCCCCCAAUGGGUUUUACCACUCCCCCACUAGACCCCGUCUUACAGAAUCCUCUCCCUAGCCAGCUGGUGUUUUCUGGGCUAAAGACUGUCCAACCAGUUCCUCCGUUUUAUAGAAGUUUACUCACUCCGGGGGAAAUGGUGAGUCCUCCAACCUCCCUCCCGACCAGUCCCAUCAUUCCAACCAGUGGUACCGUAGAGCAGCUCCCCCCAUUACCCUCUGAGCCAGCAGCGCCAGUAGUGAUGAUGGCCACUCAUGAGCCCAGUGCCGACCUGGCGCCCAAGAAGAAGCCCAGGAAGUCCAGCAUGCCUGUGAAGAUCGAGAAGGAAAUUAUUGAUACUGCCGAUGAGUUUGACGAUGAAGACGACGACCCCAAUGAUGGCGGAGCUGUGGUCAACGACGGGAGCCAUGACAAUCACUGCCACUCGCAGGAGGAGAUGAGUCCAGGCAUGUCUGUGAAGGACUUUUCUAAGCAUAGCAGGACCCGGUGCAUUUCAAGGACUGAAAUACGAAGGGCCGACAGCAUGACUUCCGAGGACCAAGAACCUGAGCGGGACUACGAGAACGAGUCUGAGUCUUCGGAGCCCAAACUGGGUGAGGAAUCCAUGGAAGGGGAUGAGCACAUGCACGGCGAGGUGAGCGAGAAAGUCCUGGUGAACAGUGAGAGGCCGGACGAGAACCACAGUGAGCCCUCUCACCAGGACGUCAUCAAGGUGAAGGAAGAGUUUACAGAUCCCACUUACGACAUGUUUUACAUGAGCCAGUACGGACUGUACAACGGUGGGGGUGCCAGCAUGGCAGCCCUGCACGAGAGUUUUACGUCAUCUCUGAAUUACGGCAGCCCUCAAAAGUUCUCCCCGGAAGGUGAUCUGUGUUCUAGCCCAGACCCCAAAAUCUGUUAUGUGUGCAAGAAGAGUUUCAAGAGCUCCUACAGCGUGAAGCUCCACUACAGGAACGUUCACUUGAAAGAGAUGCACGUCUGCACGGUGGCUGGCUGCAAUGCCGCCUUCCCCUCUCGCCGGAGCAGAGACAGAAACAGAAAUUUACGGAUGGAAAGAACCAUAGGUCCAGGACAUCGAGACAGCCUGCAUCUCCGUAGACACAGUGCCAACAUCAAUCUCCAUCGUAAACUGUUGACCAAAGAACUCGAUGACAUGGGCCUGGACUCAUCGCAGCCCUCCCUUAGCAAGGACCUCCGGGAUGAAUUUUUGAUGAAGAUCUAUGGUGCCCAGCACCCCUUGGGGCUCGACGUCAGGGAAGACGCCUCCUCUCCCGCGGGGACAGAAGACUCCCACCUGAACGGGUACGGGCGGGGCAUGGCGGAGGACUACAUGGUCCUGGACCUGAGCACCACCUCCAGCCUCCAGUCCAGCAGCAGCAUCCAUUCCUCCAGAGAAUCCGACGCAGGCAGCGACGAGGGGAUCCUCCUGGAUGACAUCGACGGGGCGAGUGACAGUGGGGAGUCGGCGCACAAGGCCGAGGUCCCCACCCUCGCUGGCAGCCUCGGGGCUGACGUUUCAGGAUCUCUGAUGUUCAACAGCUUGUCCGGGAGCAAUGGUGGGAUCAUGUGCAACAUUUGCCACAAGAUGUACAGCAACAAGGGGACCCUGCGAGUGCACUACAAAACCGUGCAUUUGCGAGAAAUGCACAAGUGCAAAGUCCCCGGUUGCAAUAUGAUGUUCUCCUCUGUGCGAAGCCGGAAUCGGCACAGUCAGAACCCUAAUCUCCACAAAAACAUUCCCUUCACUUCGGUAGAUUAGUCUCAGAAAGGACACUACAAAUGCCAGCUCUCACCAGAUGGCCUACGUAUUUGAACUGCCAUAGUCAGUGUGUGCUUGUGUACUUGGGAUGGUGUGUGUGUAUAUGUGUGUGCGUAUACACACGUAUGCCUCUGUGUCUACAUAUAUACACACACACACACACACACACACACACGUUUUCUUUUCUUUAGAUACAAAAAGAUAAACACUAGGUGCUUUUGAAGUUUUUUUCUCUUUUUCCUUUAUAGGUCGGAUCUUUCAUUUGGGGGUGAAAACAAAGUACCCUUUAAACACGUAUACACACAUCCACACAUAAAAGCGUGCAACUAGCCCAAAUUUUGACAGAAUAAUAAUUCCUGGUCCUCUCCAAAGAGACAAUUUGUUGUACCCAUGACUGUUGCCUGCACAAAAAAUAAAAGGGAGGAACAAAAAGAAACAAAAAAGGAACUCCUUAUAGUUGUCUUUUGUGAACUUUAAGGUUUUGAGAGAAUCUUCAAUUAAAGCAUGGCAGAUUCACCUGUAAAUAUUUAGCCUUGAGAGGCCAAUGAUGUAAAACAGUUGUAUUGAUGGUUGUUUAACUCUUUUGUUUAAUUUUUUACAGUUACAUCAGCUGUUAGAUAUACAGAAGAAAAAAUAGUUCGCUGGCUAGCUCUAUUCAUUUAUGUUAGCAUUAAUGCACAUUUUUUUAAGGAAAAAAAAAAAACAUGGUCUUGUUUUUACUACCUGCUAGAUAUAGUGAUAAAGAGGUGCUGGCAUGCCUUACAGCACAGAUCUGAUUUUUUAAAAUGUCCUGUACUAGUACAUAAAUCCAGUCAUGCACUUUUUUUCAUACACUACAAGGGGAUGUGUAAUAUCCAUGCUUCUUUUUUAUCCUUAAACUAUUGCCAUACUUCGAGUAAGUGUCUUUUUAAAAAAAUUCACUUGUAUAAAAAUGGUCUGGUCAGUAUAGGGCACAAAUGCCAAACAAAAGUAUUAGUGUUAACACAAAACUGCCAACUUUGCACAAGUUUCCAGAAAAGAAAAUACAAUUAGUCACUCAACAUAACCACAGGCCAAUUUGUCGGCCACCAGAAAACCGCUUUAGAAAAAAACACUUGGUGAUUCAAGUGCCGAAUGUUAUUACAAUCAACACUGCAACCUUCUUGCUUAUAUGUUAAGUUACAUAAAAGGAAAACAAAAUUAUGUGGUGUGAAACAGCUAAGGCAUUUAUUCUUUAGAGGCUGGAUAAUAUUUCAGGAUACAAAAGCCCAAAUUACUCACUAUGGAACAAAGCUGAAUCCAGUAAGAGUUGAGCACUCAUUCGCAAGGACCUAACCCUUAAUCCUUUAAAAAGACAAAGUCUGAACUGGGUUGGUCUGUUGUAUGGCUAUGUAAUUCACUGCACGUUCCGCAGUAGUACUCCGAUUCAGGCGGGUUUGAGAGACAAAAUCAAAGACCUUUAAGAGCGGCAGCAGCAGUACUUGGAAGCUUUGCAAACAUGUGCUGAACUUGAACUAAGCAACACUCCUUUCUGAAAAGCCAGAAGAAGGGGGUUUAAAAUAGGAUCUCUCACUGUUUAGUGUUUUGUGUUUCCCCACACGAUUUGUCAGAGAGAAAUGAAAGCAAGCCUGAAACCAAGCAAUCGAGAGUGAGAAAGAGGAGGGGAGAGGAUUCUCCAAACCUUUUUUGUUGUGUUUUGUUUUGUUUUGUUUCCGAUGUUUACACAUGUUGCCUGAGCUGGUUUACCACAUCAGCAGCCUCAGCUACCACAACAUACUGACUAAAUGAUGAUAUUUACUCAAGUUCAGUCUGCAGCCAAAACCAUUAGGGUGUGAGUUGCAGACUGUGUUUUGUUGUCUUUUUUUUUUUUUUUAAGUGGAGGGGGGAAAAAAAGAGAUAAACAAGGAAUAUUUUGUCAAACAGUACCCAGUAAUUUAAAGAGAAUGUAUUUCUUUUCUGCAUUUAAGGGCAUCAAACAUUUCUCUCAGCAGUCUAAAAGUUAGAAAUACCCCUCUGUCUUAACUUCUAAUGUUAUUUCCAUUUUUCAUGUUUUGUGAGUUUCUUUCUAGGUUCACAUCAGCAUUCACUUCCGUUAAAUUUGCCAAAGGAAACUGUUAAUAUGUUUCUCUUUUUAUUAUUCCUGUAGGAUUUAUCGUACCUCACAGUAUUUAUUGUUUCCAAAAAUAAGCAUCAUUAGUUGAGGAUUCAGUAUUCUUCUUUGUGAAAAUUUCACAAAUGAUAGAUUCUUAAAGAUAAGCUAGAUGUGUCUAGGGGCUUUAUCUUUUCAUCUCCUUCAGAGCAUGCUAUGGGGUUCAUUUAAUUCUUCAUCUGUUCUACAGUGAGGAGAGACCAAAAGUAUUUGCAGUACAAAAGAAAUUAUAUCAGACACUAUGUCUGUUAAAUGACAAAUGUUUACGGCGAAAAAAGCUGAGGAAUUAGUGCUAUAACCAUUUUUGUUUUCUUGUACCUUUGAAUUCCCCAAAGUCUUAAUUGCUUUAUUUUGGUGUUGUGUUAAACUGAAUAGACAGAGAUGUUUUCCUUUGUUUGUUUUAUACCAUAUAAGACUCUGUACAGUAUGUUUGUGAAAGACUGAACUAGAAUAAUGAAAGUUUGUUUGCAAACAUUUUGGUUCUCUUAGCAUUCUCUGUGUUGCUGCUGUUGCCCUAUUAUCCAAAUGAUUCGAUUCCAAAAGAGUGGGAAAAAACAUAUUUUUGGUAUCCCAACAAAAGAUUAUGGAAACACUAGCUUUGGGAGUGUGCGUAGACUAAAUGACACUUCGUUUUAUGAAAAUAACAAAUUUUCAGCCAUUUUUAACAGUUACACUCUAGGUUGAAAUAUUAGAACUCAUCUUGUACAAAAAUCAGUGUUUACUCUGUUUAAUUUAAUGUCAACUAAAAGGUCAAAGAGCCCUAAUGAGUGAAUUACAUAGCUGUCAGCAGGUCACAGCAAACGAACCAGGCUUAGAACAAUGUUUGUUACUUGCCACAAACCAGGCUAGUGUGGAUAGCCAGUUAGAACAAGCCCAGAAGUGACAAGAUUCUCAAGGUAGAAGUUCCCUUGCUCAGAGCAUGAAUGUGUUCACCUGCCUUUUGUUGGAGAAAUGGCAGGGAGUCCUGGACAACUUGCCCUUUUGGAGUCUCUCCCCUUUGCUACUAUUGUGCCUCAGGUGCCCACAUGUUAUGGUGGCCUUCUAAGUGGGUGUAUAACAUUUUCCAAUUUAAAGCCUAUUUGCUUAAAAGGGACAGGGGGAGUGGACGGAAGUGGUCCAUAAGAUGGAGAAUCAUGAAAUGUACAUUUCUUUUAGUCCCCCAGUGUUGCUUGUUCUUGGGUGUGUGCCUGAGUGCAUUGUUUGGACUUAACUCUAAAUCUAGUUAAGAUGGUGAUCUCAAGGCUUAUUUGUAAACGGGAAGGAUAAAGAGAUAAGCAUUUUAACCACGGAGCCCUUCAUCUUUGCCCACUCAUACUCAUUUCUUUUUUCAUAGGAGUUUCCUAUUGUGAAACAGGUUCUGUUCAGCUGCAUCCAUUCUAUGCCAGCUGAAAAAGGAAUAGGGAUGCAGCUUUUUUAUCCAAGCAGCCUUUUCCCAUUUGAUUGAUUUUAACCAGCAUUUUGUCACAGGUACAAAAUUGGGCAGUAUUAUUAAUGUGCAUGUUUGCUAGGUGGUGUUGAAAUGUACUGUUUUGAUCAUUUUAAACUGUGUGUUUGUAAAUAUCAGAAAGGCUUAGUCUGCUUAGGGAGUAUCUGCGUGUUAUGGAGGGGGACGACACAGAGCAAGAAUAGGUAAUUUGGUUUUAAAAAUGUGAUAAAAAGCGGGACAUUCUUUGUUCUGCUAUUAAUUGUAUUGAAAUAAGUCAAUGCAUUUCAGAUCUUAGUCCGGCCACCCAGUUCAGCCUGAUGCCUUUUAAAGGUUUCAGGGUGUUAAUGUUUUCCUUCUCAAGGUGACAAACAUCUUUUGAAAUUGUUUUUAGCACAAUGGCGCCACUGUCCUUGUAGUGUAAUUUCUUUGGUCGUGAAUUUCCAGGCCCUUCCAGUAAGAGGAGAAAGGCACUUAAGUGGUCAAUAGCCUGUUAGUAUAUACAUUGCUCUUAAAAAAAAAAAAAAAAAAAGCAAGCUUUGAAUAUAUCAAGAAUGGGCUGGCUCUUGCAGAGGCAUUCUCCUCAUUUUACUCAGGGGAAACCAUGCGCUGGGUUCCCACCAAAUAAAAAGUGACCUUUUGUUCCCCUUCCUCUGUACACACCCCUGACGUGUGCCAAGCAAAUGAGAAAGGGGGCCGCCCUUGGCAAUUAAAACAGAAAGAGGCCAGUAAUCAGAUUGAGACGGACAUGCUGCUAACUGCCAACAGUUGACCUGAGCAGUCCUAACUUGCACUUGGUCUUUAGCGUUGGGUUAGAUUGACUAACAGAGUGAAUAAAGUUCAGCCCUCGUAAGACACACUCCAUCUGCCGUCAUCAGAAACAGAUCAUCCAGAAGAAACCUUUGAGCCUGUGGACACACUCCUUUUCUUGAACUUUUCAAAAUUAGGACAAAUUUCAGGGUUUUUAAAAAUCACUUAUAUUCCCCCAAACUUGGAAUAUUUAGAGGAUUUUGCUUUUCCCUCUCAUUUUUUGUCUAAUGGGAGGGGUCUAAAUGAGUACGGAGGGCAAUAAAAGGCAGGUGCCAAAGAGACUGGAGAGAAUCACAGUUCUUUAAAGCAGAGUGAGGGAUAUUAAGUAGAGGAUUCGUACCCGCCCUGGCUUGAAGGUAACCAGAAAAGAAAAUAGUGAAGGCACUGAAACAGUCACGAGAAAAGUCUGGCGCAGCUCAGCCUAGCAGCCAGCGAGAGCACAUUGAUGCAGUGCCCCCCAGAGCUCCCCAUGACCAGGUGCAUCACUGAACCCCAGUCUGAGGAGGGAGGGAGGAAGAAAGGAAGGCUGCUGCCUGGAAUAGCUCAAGUCCCUUUCGGAUCACGGGAGCCAACUAGGGCAGUUGUGGAGGGGCUGUUCUUUUUUUCUUUUCUUUUUUUUUUUUUUUUGGAGUGGAAAGUGAUGCUAAAGUCCCUUAGGGAACAAAAAGAUCCAUUGGGUCAACUAGGUCCUAGAAAAGUCCAAUGGUCAAACCAAGCUCUAGCUGUGACAAGUGGAGUUGAAGGGCAUGGUAGCCAGCACGGAUCUGUUCUUUCUCCAUCAUUUCUGUGGCUUUUUGCCCCCAUAGCCGUGCUAGCGAUGCUAUGUGGCUAAAAAUCUCUUGAUCAGAAUGUGAGCUCAUUCACCUUUCUACGAAGCAUAAAAGUAACUUUUCUGUUUUCAUAUUUUCCCUCCAAGCUGAACUGUGUGUGGUAGGUAGCCUUGCUUAUGUUAGCAUUAAGGCCAUAUCUGCUCUGUCCUAAACGUAUUUCCCUAUUUCCUAUAGUUGGAGAGUUGCUCACUGUAAACGUUAAUUUUCCGUUAGUAUUACGUAAAUCCAGCUGUAAAACUGACUAGUGAAUUAAUCUAACAUCACUCUUGCCCAGACACCCAUCCUUUCCUGUGUCCUCCCAUCAUCCUCAUUCUUCCUACAUUUUGCACAAAAAUGAUGUUUAUGGUCAUUCGGCAAUAACUGGACAUCAAAUAGUGUCUUUUUGGCAUUUGUUGAAAAAUCCAAAUGCCUAAUCACAGGGGUUUUAAAAAAAAACCUAAGCAUUUUUACAAGUACACUGAAUUGGAUCAGCAUUAUUGUUCAUUAUAAUGCUAUAUAUUUUUUUGAAGUAACGUACUAUAGUUGUCAUAAAACUAUCUUUAUUCUCCUCUGAAGUGUUGUAAAUUCAUUUGACCUUUACUGCAAAAAAAAAAAAUCUUUUCUAUAUAGUGUAUCAAGACAAGGCUCAGUUUGUAACAAAUAGUGGAGGGUUACAAAAGAGGAAGGGAAAAGGCCAGGCUGAGCAUCGAGAAGCUUCAGUUCAAUUUCACCUCAUAUCUUUCUAAUAACUUACUUGUCACUUUAUUACCUUCCAGUAAUGUGAACGCUGCUGACAAGACUGUCACACUAACAGCAGACAACACCCUCUCUGCUUCAGCUCCAGGUCUCCUGGCUACUUAUUGCCCUGGCCCUGAAGGGACACAAACUAAUAGUGUGCUUUCCAGUUCAGCACUUGGCCAUCAAAUAUAAAAGGAUGCGUAAUUGCCUGUUUAUCCCUUGUGAAGGGGAAAUUGAGUACAAGGGCUAGGCUUUCCCACUGAGUUCCCUGAUGUACACACAUUCACAGUCUGUCUCUCUCUCUCUCUCUCUCUCUCUCUCUCUCUGUCUCUCUCUCUCUCUCCCCCCACCCCCUUCUCCUCCCAGCACAUGAGCCCGUACACACACCCACUAAACUGUAUCUUUGGUAAGCCCAAAGCCGCCUCAAGGUGCCCUCUCCAGCUAUUAAGUGGACAGUAACAAGACUACUUCUUAAGGGUCAGUAGAGAGAUGCUGACUUUGAUGGCAUCCUUUGAGUCUUUGGAAACUUAAGUAUUGCAAUUCCAAGCCCAUGCAUUUUGGGAGUACUGGGUGUGGCCCUAUAAUGAGAGCACAGUUUCUGCAAGUCAGUGACAAAAGUGGUAUUAGAUCGCCCCAUAUUCUGUAAGGAAAGCAUUAAAAUGUUUUUCCUCCCCUUCAAAAAGUGCACGUGUUGUAACAAAUUGGUUGUGCGUGGUGGUAAAAAAAAAAAAAAAUUUUUUUUUUCUUUUUUAGUUUUGACGCCCAAUUGUUAGUCUAAAUGAACACGUGUCUUGCCAUGAGAACCUCCAAAUCCAUAGUGUAACAAGACAAAUUCACCUUUGUUUUGUUUAAUUGGACUGACAAUCUGAAAAAAAUAAUAAGGCACGGGGACUUUGACUUGAAUCACUAAAACAGAGACCACCCUAUACGUAAAAGUAAAUUCUCCACUUUGGGAAAAUUUUGGUAAGUACAAGCGCGUGAGCUUUACGAAAUCAAGUGACUAGGGGACAAAAGGUACAAAGGAAGAUCACGUGAAAGUGUUAUCUUCCCAAACAUCUUGAGCCUGAACAGCAUGUAGGUAUUGGCUGCUAUUUUUUAUAUUAAACUACUUAAAGGAUGGUAAAAGGUGGCUAGUUGGUGGCUAAAUGAAGUGCAAGAUCUCUGUGCAUCUUCCUUGGGGAACUAGGGGACUCCAUGCUUCCUUCUAACCCUCCAGCAGCAGGUCUGUUAGAAGCUGAUGACCCGCCCCCCAACCCCGCUUUGAACAGUCACAUUUCAAAUCUAUUUGUCAACCCAAUAAGAUACAGGUGGGUGUCAUCUUUGAUACUAACUUACGCAAAGAGAAAAGUGGCAGAUUUAGGGACAGACGACUUACCAGGUCUGUGUUGACAAACCCGUGCUAAAAUAAUUGCAUUAACCACUUAGGACUGGGAAGAAAAGCACUUUGAGUAAAGGAUUCUUGGGGUCAGAGAAAAAGCAGUUGAUGUUUUUUGAAGUUCCCCCAGUAUGUAUAUAUUACAAUCAUUUAGCAAACAUCUUAAGAGAAUCUUAAUUAAAAAUUCAGCUGCCAGAAUUGCACAGAUUCUGCUGACUAAUAUGACCUUUCCCCCACCCUUUAAAUAACAGGGAUGCUUAAGGACACUCCCAAUUAUUUUAAUGUGUUUCUAGCUUCCUUUUUUUUAAAGACUCUGAAGGGAAGGAAGAGGAGAAAAAGGUAUUUUAACAAGAAUGGAGAGAAGUAGAUAGUAUAAAACUAUAUUUCUUGAAGAGAGAAUAUCUAAGCGUUAUACCGAGACUUUAUAAGGCUUCCUGUUGCCAAAUGUGAUGCUGAAAUAAUGCACAAGUAAGAUGGCAAAUCGAUCCAUUAUGAACCAGCUCUGCCCACUUCUGUUACGGAAUGCAAGGAUUGAGAGGUGACUCGGGGCGGGGGGUGGCCCUGGAUGUGUGCGAGAGCUCCACUCAUCUGGUCCUGGAAAUGCUUUCCACAAGAAGGGGAGAAAAGCCCAGCCCGCUUGGUAGUCCCCCGCUGCAAGGUGAGCUGACCUGGCACUGUUUCCACAGGAGACAGGCUGCCCGUCCUUUCCAUGCUAGGAGACAAAGCAUCCCCCUGCCCUGCCUGUGAAUCAGUGCCACAGCCAUGAGAAGCGGUGAUUCACGAGGUGUGAUGCUCUUGACUCCCAGACAAUGUGCUGAGUUAGUAGGUUCACUUGAGAUGCAUAAACCAAGGUUGAAUUUUUUUUUUCAUUUAGUACUCAAUUUGGAGCAUUUUUGCAUGUCUUUGUACAGAGUAAUCCAUUCCUCUCAUUGCCCAUCUUAAUCUCCCCUGAGUUUUCCAUUAUAUUUCCACCCCUGCCCUGUCUUCUUCUGAUCUCACCCACCCCUUAAAAAAAUUCUUUUCUGAAGCAAGAAGGUAGAACACUCCCUCCCUCACCCGGAUUUUGAUGGCUUAUGGAAACAUUUGUGUGUUCUACCCUGUCCAGGGUUUACAUAACGUGGAUUAAGUGAAUGAGAUGUUCUAGCAUUAUAUAUUAAGCUUAUAUGACUAAGAUUUAUAAUAUAUGGUGCUCUCACUUUCCUGUGCAAACUUUGGUUCAGCUGCCCUGCAGAAAAGUCUUACCAUUUUCCUACCAGUGCCAGUACGAACAAGGGCAGGAUUGCUAAACGUGGGUAUCUGGAGGUCUGAGGGGUGAGGGAAGGCAGAGAAACCAGGAGAAGACUUCGGUCUGAGGCCUCCCUGGGCCUUUCCUCAAAGGUGGAGGCGAGUCGGGGCUUCAGGAAAGAAAGCUCUCCGUUCUCUACUGCUCUUCAGGGACUAGGCCUUUUGGAACUAGCAAGAUCCCUCACCUGGUUGAGAGAACGCCUAACUUUCUUAUUCACCCCAAACCCACUGGUGUGUCUCGCUAACAAAAACAUUUGACUCAACCUGCCUAUUUGACAGCAAAAUUGGCCCAAGGGAAUUGAAAUAUCUUAAGGAAAAGAAUUUUCUCCAAGAUACGUCCUCUCCCUCCUCCCAGAGUUUGGGGGUUUAUGCUUUUUUCGUUUCUCUUCUCCUCUGCAUCAGACCAGCCUCUCUGCUCAGCCUGCCACAGAACCAAAGUUUGCACUACAAAAGGGCGCAGCACCAAGGGACGGGGACAGCUUGCAUCACCCUGAUCUAAUCAUUGUGACGUCGGUAGCUUCGUAAAUACUGUAUGUACCUUGAACAAGGGUUUUGUUUUUGUUUCGUUUUUGGUUUUGCUUUUCGGUUUGUUUUUAUUAGUAGUCUGAGGGAAUUAAAAGUUUUUAUUUGCUAUUUCUUUUGUUGUAUUUUCUGUACUAUAACUGUCUACAGUAUGUCUUUUGCAUAAAAUGCAUAAGGGUUUGGGGAUGUAAAUGGAAUUUUAUUCAUAUUUUGUCCAAAUACCUCUUGUAAUUUGUAUCAAAAUUCUUGUACAAUUUUUAUAUUAAAGAUUUAUCACUGA